UAGAGCUGACAACACAUGAUGAAAAAACAUGCUACAUAACUCAGUCGUGUAAAAGUUACGUUGUUUAAGUAGGAAAAGUUAUAUUUUACGAGUACAUUUCCUGGUGUGUUUCCUCCCCACAUUCUCAAUUCAGACCUCGGUUCAUCGGAAACUUUGUCAAGAUGCCUGUCCUGUGCAGCAGCUGUACUGAGAAACGAGCCGUGCUGAAACGUCCAAAAACAGGUCACUCGUUGUGUAAGGAAUGCUUCUUCUGGGCCUUUGAGGAGGAGGUGCAUCAGACGAUUGUGGCAGCAAAGCUGUUUAAAACUGGGGAAACAGUAGGAAUCGCUGCCUCAGGAGGGAAGGACUCUACAGUGCUCGCACAUGUAAUGAAGCUCCUAAAUGAGCGAUACAACUAUGGCCUUGAACUUAUGCUUCUAUCAGUGGAUGAGGGAAUCACUGGUUACCGAGAUGACUCGUUGGAGACCGUAAAGAGGAAUCAGCAGCAGUAUGAGCUGCCACUGAAGAUUGUGUCUUAUGAGGAGCUGUAUGGCUGGACUAUGGACGCUAUAGUGAAGCAGGUGGGACUGAAAAAUAACUGCACCUUCUGUGGAGUGUUCAGAAGGCAGGCGCUAGACAGAGGAGCCAUCAUGCUGAAAGUGGACAAGAUAUGUACUGGUCACAAUGCUGACGACGUGGCUGAAACGGUUUUGAUGAACGUCUUGCGAGGGGACAUAGCUCGUCUGCGUCGCUGCACUGCCAUCUCCACAGCCAGCGAGGGCGAAGGAGUCGUGCCGCGCUGCAAGCCCCUCAAAUAUGCGUAUGAGAAAGAGAUUGUUCUGUAUGCUUACUUUAAGAAGUUAGACUACUUUUCCACUGAAUGUAUCUACUCUCCCAAUGCUUAUCGUGGCUAUGCGAGAACCUUUUUAAAGGACCUGGAGAGUGUGAGGCCCAGCUCAAUCAUCGAUAUCAUCCACUCCGGUGAGAACUUGUCUGUGCGGGAGGGGGUGAAGAUGCCUGUGCAGGGGACGUGUAACCGCUGUGGCUACAUCUCCAGCCAGGCACUGUGCAAGUCAUGUGUGCUGCUGGAGGGGCUGAACCGAGGCCUGCCGAAGCUGGGCAUAGGCAAACACCACCGUCUACAUGACAAGAUCCUCUCCCAGCAGCCCCUUACUGAGAAGGAGGAGAGGAAGCUGAAAUCAGUGAACUUUUGACAGUUAUCAUCACCUGUUUUAUUUACUAUUAGACUAAAGAUAUAUUUGAAAUUUUAGAAUAAACCACAUUUGUUUUAUUUUAUAUGAGGAAAAAGACUAGUCUAUGAAAUCAAAUAUCUUAUUUACUUUCAAUUAUCAUUAAUUGAAUAUUUAUUGUAUUCCUCUUACACCACUGAUGCAUCUUCACAGCACAGAAGGUCCAUUCACUGCUGUUUUACAGCUGCUAACCUGGAUUACAGAAAUACUAUGUAGACACAAAUUUGUGUUUAAUCUUAUGGUGCUGUUCAAUAAUAGCUGAAUGGUACAUGUAUCCGGUGGGGGUUUAUUUGGCCAUCUGUACAGCACACACGGAGAUGGGAAAAGGUGGAACAUUUUCUGUUUAUUCGAAAGUUUUGGUAUGGAAUUCAGUAUUGUCCCAGCGUGUAUUAUUCUGUUUUCAGUUUUAUUGUUGAGUUAUUAAGCUUUGGGAGUCAGCAUCAUUUCCAAAGACUAAAUAUUUACACCCACCGAACUAGUGUACACCUGCCAUAGGUAUGUGAGGUGCAGAGACAUGGACUUGGAACUUUUUUUUUUUUUUUUUUUUAAAGUGAGAUGGUUAUGCAUAGCUCUGUUACACUGAAAUCUCACACUGACUGCAUGUUUUAAUGUCUUUAAUUUAUGCUACGUCAUAUGUCCCCGUGUACCACCCUCUGGGGAGGAUAUGAUGACAUUCAUGGUCA